AUGUCGUUUCCAAAGUUGAAAAACGAUCGUAUCUUACGUGCGGCACGUGGUGAACAAGUGGAUAGACCUCCUGUCUGGAUGAUGCGUCAGGCUGGAAGAUACUUACCUGAGUAUCACAUAGUCAAGGGAGACAAAGACUUCUUUGAAGUCUGUCACAAUCCGGAGAUUGUCUGUAAACUUACCAUUCAGCCUAUCGAUCAUUACGAUGGUAUUAUCGAUGCUGCCAUUAUUUUCAAUGAUAUAUUGGUGAUUCCACAAGCCAUGGGAAUGGAAGUGGAGAUGGUGGACAAUGUUGGUCCCCAAUUUGUUUCUCCUUUACGAAAACCGGCUGAUUUACAAAAACUAAACUUUCAUUGUGACGUUACGGAAGCUCUCGGCUGGGCUUUCAAAGCCAUCACUCUCACCAGGCACAGGCUUGAAGGUCGUGUUCCAUUGUUAGGCUUCUGUGGAGGUCCUUGGACCCUUCUUUGCUAUAUGAUUGAAGGUGGAGGAAGCAAAAUAUUUCGGUUCGCUAAGGAAUGGAUUUUCCGCUGGCCUGAAUAUGCCCAUAAGCUUUUGCAGGGAAUUACGGAUGUUUCUGUGGAGUUUCUCGCCUUACAAGUAAAGGCAGGUGCGCAGAUGUUGCAGGUGUUUGAGAGUUGGGGAGGUCAGUUGGGACCAGAUGAGUUUGAUGAGUUUUCUCUUCAAUAUCUCCAUCAAAUUGCUAAUCGUGUUCCUGAAAGAUUGGCUCAAUUAGGAUUGGAAAGAGUUCCUAUGAUUGUAUUCUCCAAAGGUUCGUGGUACGCAUUGGAUAAGUUAUGUGAUAUAGGGUUUGAUGUGGUGUCUUUGGAUUGGUUGUAUCCUCCAGAAGAAGCAGUAAAAGUGGCUCGUGGUAGAGUCACAUUGCAGGGGAAUCUUGAUCCUUGCGUUUUAUAUGGAUCGGAUGAAAUAAUUACCAAGAAGGUGACCAAGAUGAUGAAUGGAUUCGGUAAGCAACGGUAUAUCAUCAACCUUGGUCACGGCACUCAUCCAUUCAUGGAUCCGGAAAAGGUAGGAUUCUUUCUUAAAGAAUGUAAGAGGAUUGGACAACAGCAGUAA